GGCGGCAAAAAUGUCAAUCGGAGGGAGGAGUAAAGUGAAGUUCAUGUGCAGUUUCGGCGGCAAAAUCCUCCCAAGACCUUCCGACGGCCUUCUCAAAUACGUCGGCGGCGAAACUCGCGUCAUCGCCGUCUCUCCCGACAUCACCUUCGUCGAACUCACCAAGAAACUCACAGAAAUCACAGAAAACGACGUCGUACUCAAAUACCAAAUCACCCCCGAAGAUCUCGACGCGUUAGUCUCCGUAAAGUCGGACGAAGACCUCAAACACAUGAUGGACGAAUACAACCGUCACCACCACCACAACGAGACUCCCAAGCUCAGAACCUUCUUGUUCCCAGCGAACCCAACGGUUGUUCGAUUAGGUUCUCCUAUCGAGCCUCAGACGAUAGAGCAGCGCUACAUCGAAGCCAUCAACGGCAUUGUUCGUGGCGCUCCGAUCAAAACACGACCUUCUUUCACCCUCUCCGCUUCCUCCUCUCCUAAAUCCGAAUCAUCACCGGAUGGAUUCGGUAACGAGCAGCAUCCUGAAAUUGGUAGCUACCAAUUGAGCCGGCUUUAUCCGAUGCAUAGAGUACGGAGCAGUCCUAACAUCUCACAGGCACAUAACUAUCAUCACCAUCACCACCACCAUAGUGCUUACUUUCAGCCACCUAACAACUACUUGAAUUGUAGACUGCGCCCACCACCACCCCCACCGUUGGACUUCCCUAGAGGCGGCGCAGGCUGGGAUCAACAAGGUGGUGGUAACGGAAAGUACGGUUGCAGUGAGGAACGUAGAGUCUGGGGUAGAGCAAACAGUGUUCCUCACAGUCCUAGGAACCAUGGAUUUCGUCUCUGAUAACAUUUAUAUAUACAUGGUCUUCUUGUGUUUUGUUGUUGUGUAGUUUCUGACAGACAUCUGUAGGUAUCUAGCGUGUUUACUACUCUUGCAAGAGAUUUGGUUUGUAAAGCUGAGAAGAAUGACAAAGUUUGACUCCUACCAUUAGUUUGCUGCCCAAAGUGAUAUUGUUCAUCCUACUAAAUGAAUAUUUGUAUGAAUCUGUUUUUUUUUUUAAUUAUUUGACGGGGGUGAAGAAGUCACAUUGAUCACAUCAGCAUUGUUGUAUCCACCUUUGGUUGAGGAUCGGGCAGCUUCACCUCCUCCUUAUUAUAAAAUCAGCACCACCUGGUUGGGGUCUGUUGUAUAGAGAUUAGAGACUUUAGUAAUAUGCAUCACUUCUUGGUUAAGAUC